AUGAAUGAUGACAAUAAUAAUUUAACAAUCGAUUCAUCAUCACCAUCAUCAUUAACAAUACCAAUAGUAGAACAAAAUGAAAAAUUAUUAUCAUCAAUGUCAACCAAUAUUCCUAUUACAUCUUCAGAAAUCAAUGACAAGGCUGUAACUCCGCCGCCAGAAGAUAAUGAAGAAAAUGUUAAUAACAAUAAUUCUUAUAAACCAUUCUUCGAUGAUGAUAACGAUAAACUUUCACCUCUUACACCACAAUCUCAGUCUACUCAAACAAUUAUUUCAACUAUUCUUGAUGAUAUUAUAGCUCAAAUUGAAUUAAAUAAUAAUAAUAAUAAUGAUGAUAAUGAUAAUAAUAACGAUAAUAAUGACAAUAAUGAAUUAAAUUCUUUACCUGUUAUUGAAGAUGAUCAAAUGGAUGUCGACGAUGAUGAAGAUGAUGAUGAUGACAAUGAAGAAGGAGAAGAAGAAGAAGAACAUGAAUAUACUGAAAAAAAUUCGUCAAUUAAAUUACAUAAAACUGAAAAAGAACGAUCAACAACAAGAACUCACUCAAGUAAAACUGAUUUAAAACCAACAACACGAACAUUACGUUCACAUGCUCGUGGAAAACGUACUUCAUCAACAUUAAUUCAAACAUCAUCUACAACAAAUAAUAAUGUUCGACGUGUAUCUAGUCGAAGAAGAGCUUUAGAUAAAAAAAUCUUAUUAGCUGCUAAUGAGAAAGAAAAAAAACGUCGAUCGAUUUCUGAGCGUUCAAAAAAAGAUAAAGAUAAUCCAACAACAAAUGAUGAUAAUCAUACAUCAAGUAAUUCAGAUGAUCAAACUUUAGAAAGUACAAAUGUUGAUAAAACAUCUAAUACAACUACAGCAAAUCCAAAUGAUGAAGUUAGUUCAUGUUCAAGUAUAGGUGCUGGUGAUGAAAGUAGCACAAGUAGUUCAACAACAAAUGUCAAACAAUCAAAUACAGCUACUGAUAUUGAUUCAUUACCACCUAAUAAACGUCGAUUGCGUGAAAGAAAUGUCGGAAUAUCAAAUACAUCUAUACCAUCAUUAACAACUGAUGCAUCUACUAAUUCAAAUUCAACAUCAGCUACAGAUAAUUCAUCAGGAGAAACAGCGCCAACACGUGAAAUACCUAUUAAUAGUAUUAAACAAUUUCUAGAAAUACGACAACAGAUUGAUAAACGUCAUGAAACAAUGUUAAAAGAUUUUGUUACACCAAAAGUUCCAAAAGAUUUUUCUGAAACAACAAUGGCAAAAAAAAAUUAUCUUAUUGCACCAUCAUUUAGUUCACAUUCAAUAACAACACCAUCAUCAAUUGGUAUAAAACGUUUAUUAGCACCAAAUGAUCUUGAUCUACAUUUAGCAGAAGUAUUUACUAAACAAGAAGAUGAAAGAUAUAAAAUGAAAAUACGUCAUCAAGUUGAAAGAGAUAAAUUAAUUUUAUCUCAUGAACAAGAAGUUUUACGUUUAUAUGGAAAUGCUACACGUUCAUCAGUAAAUCAAGAUAUACCAUUUAGUUAUUGUUCAUUAUUAAAAGAUAAUGAAGUUUAUAAUAAUCCAUCUAUACAAUUACCAGAAAAAUUAUUAAAUAAUGAUUAUACAAAUACAGAAUUAGGUAAACGUGGUAAAAAUCGUUGGAACGGACGUUUAUUUAUCAAAUGGCUUGAAGAUUCUAAUCUGAAAUACAAACGUCUUAGUUGUGAACUUAAUGAACGACAACAACUUGAAGUUAAUACACUUCAUUCAAUGCAACGUAUGGUUUGGUGUAAACAUUUACCAAAAGACGCAGCUAGUUCAUCAUCUACACGACCAAGUCAUCUUUUAAGUGUACGUUAUUUACCUAAAGUUGAAAUAAAUACUAAUUUUUGGACGAAUUGGGAAACAAGUCCAUUUUAA